ACCAUCAACCUACCUCAUUCACAUAGAAUCAACAUGCCGACCGGAAACCAAGGUGGAAAGGCCAAACCGCUAAAGACUGCAAAGAAGCAAAAGCCAGAAGAUGAUGAAGAUGAUCUAGCCUUCAAGAAGAAGCAACGUGAGGACGAAGCCGCUCGUAAAGCUGCUGCCGCCAAAUUGCAAGGUGGAAAGAAGAAGUGAUGUCAAAAUUGUAUGCAUUCAAUUUCUAGACGUGUU